CAGGCGCAGCAGUCCCACGAUUGAACGAUGCGGUUGACACGGUUAUUCUACACGACGUUACUAAUUGGCAUAUUGCAGAUAACGGUGGCCGACGAUCAGGUGGAGGUGGUCAAAGCCAUCAGUCCCGGCGAUGAGGUGGAGAAGCGGGAGAACGAUUCGGACCAGGUGGCACUGGAGUCGGUCGAUUCGGACCACCAGGGAUCGUCGUCGGUGCAUUCGUUUCCGCAGCACAUCCCGCUGUCGAUAGGGCACGGGCCGGGACCGCAGCCGCAUGGACCGGGCCCGGCUGGCCAGCACGGACCGAUCCAUGGCCAUGGACCGAGUAGGGGUUCCCCUCACGGUCACGGUCAACUGUACGGUCCUCCACCACCUCAACAGCAGCUGCCGGCGGCUCACGCCUACCACGGGCCACCACCUCCGCUGCCUCCGCAACAGAAGCUGCAGCAGAACGAUCUGGGUCCGGAGAAGCUCUACGGUGCUCCCCUCGGCGGGAACGACCUGUGGUCUUCACCGCUCCAGGACAUGCCCAAGAUCGUUUCACUGGACGUGAAAUGUGAAAAGCAGGGCAUGAAAGUGUUCGUCCAGUUCGAUAAACCAUUCUUCGGAAUCAUCUUCUCCAAGGGGCAUUACAGCAAUAUCAAUUGCGUUCACUUGCCAGCAGGGCUGGGCAAGAGUUCGGCUACUUUCGAUAUCGGAAUACACGCGUGUGGAACGGCUGGCAACACGGAUCAGGCGUUGUACAACGGGUACUCGGGAACGGAAUCGGGAUCGGGAUCUUACUUUGAGAAUAUAAUUGUGCUACAGUACGAUCCUCAGGUGCAGGAAGUUUGGGAUCAGGCCAGAAAGCUGCGCUGUACGUGGCACGAUCAGUACGAGAAGAGCGUGACGUUCCGGCCGUUCCCCGUGGAUAUGUUGGACGUGAUUCGGGCGGACUUUGCCGGAGAUAAUGUGGGCUGCUGGAUGCAGAUUCAGGUCGGAAAGGGACCAUGGGCUUCGGAGGUCUCCGGAUUGGUGAAGAUCGGACAGACAAUGACGAUGGUGCUGGCGAUCAAGGACGAUGAUAGCAAGUUCGACAUGCUGGUGAGGAACUGUAUGGCUCACGAUGGUAAGCGUGCUCCGAUUCAGUUGGUGGAUCAACGAGGCUGCGUCACCCGACCGAAGUUGAUGUCUCGGUUUACAAAGAUCAAGAACUUCGGAGCAAGCGCUUCGGUGCUGUCGUAUGCUCACUUCCAAGCAUUUAAGUUCCCCGAUUCGAUGGAGGUUCACUUCCAAUGCACGAUUCAGAUCUGUCGCUACCAGUGUCCGGAGCAGUGUACCGAUCCUGGUAUUCUGGAUGUUCAUCACUUGUCCGGAGGACCGGAACAUCAGCAGUACGGACCGCCACCACCACCACAGUCGCUGGAUGCCCAUGUGUUCGCCAACCGGAAGCGGGACGAUCGUCGCAUCCGUCGAACUCGUGCCGCUGGCGAUCAGGAAGAGAAGGAAGAUGUCGGAAUGAAGCGUAUCAUCCGGGUUGUGUCACCGGGAGAUUUGACAUUCCCGAUCGGUAGCCAGAACAGUACCAACGACUCCACCAUGAUAUUCCCGGCUCGCGAAGAGGGUCUGAUCUGCAUGACGACUCCGGGAUUCACGGUAACGAUCGUUAUCCUGCUGUCGAUCCUACUGGCCUCGUGUGUGACGUCCGCGUUCCUGUGCAUACGGCUGAAGCCGUUUUCGUUCUCAUCGAGGAAAGAACGAGCGGUUUCGUUCACCAAUCCACACCUGAGCCCGUCGACGGCCUCGAUCGUAUCCAGCGGACCCAGCUCGAUGGUCAGCGGUACGCUCAAGUCCACCAAGUCAGUCAAAUCGAGGAAUUUCUACUCGUAGAAGACUGAUCGCAUGGUACAUCUACGUAAGCACACACUCACAAGCACACAGAAACACAAUAGUUGACAUAUGAAGCUAACACAUACACGUAUACAAACACAGUAAUGCACAUAACUCUAAUCUGUAAGUACAAGGUUCUCAGUGUUGAACGCAACUCCUCCAUCUAAUCACAAGUCACAAGGAAAAAUAGACAAGACAAAAACAAACAAACAA